UUUCAAUCUAAGCUUUUUGAUGAAUUUACACUGCUACGAUGAAUAACACUGAAAACAGCCAUUUUAAGAAAAAUCUACCAAAAUCAAUACCACCUCCACCGUCUUUUGACAGUGCACCUUCAUUUAGUACAGGCAGUAUAUCCAUACCUUCAUUUUCAAGUGCUCCAGACAUUUCAUCCACAGUUAUACCGCAUCAACGACAAGAUCGCAAGCAAAACGACAUUGGGAGAAAACGUGAAGACACAAAAAGCAACGAUAGAACUUCAAGAAAGCAUAGGGAAAGUUCAAUUCAACGGAAUGAGGACGAUUAUCGCGGCAGCGACCAUCGCCGUCGUCAUCGUCGUUCUUACUCACCUUCUCACCAUCGCAGUGAUCAUAGACAUUCACGCUCUUCUCCGAACUCUCGUCAUUCACAGAAGAAGCGAUCGAAAUCGCCCUCACACCGGCAUCGUAUAAGCAGUAAAAGGAGGUCAGAAAGCUCAAGAGACAAAGAUGCGAAAAGGAGAAGAAGGUCGUCUUCUCUUUCCUCCUCGUCUUCAGAAGAGUCAGAAGUUCACACAGGGACUUUGGAUACUGGCAUCAGUUUCGUUAUGGAUACGAGUGGUGAUCCGGAUAAUUUGGUUUAUGGAAAAAAUCAUGCCUACUCAGUGCCAUCCUUUCACAGAGCGAGAAGAGGAAGAAUUUUGGGGUUACCACCCAACAUCAGAAUUGAUCCUACACAACCGCCGAAAUCAGGAGAAAUUGCUAUCAUAGAUUUGAGCGAAAACAAGAGAUCGGCAACAUCUAAUUAUGCGUGGAAAGAACUUGAUAAGGAUUUCAAAAGGAUACGAAUUCGUCCCAAAAAAGAGGAUAAAGACUUGUUCGCUGAACACGCCAAUGUAAUAAAUCUAGAAGAUACUGACUCGCAAAAAUCAUCAAAAGUGCGACAGGAGCAUCAAUUAAUUGAUUAUGACUUGUAUGACACUGGAGUGGAUUAUAGAUCUAUAGAAGGGAACAAAGUAAAGCCCUCAGCCCAGUCGUCAGAAGAAGCAGGGGAGGAGGAAGAUGAGGAAGGUGAAAGUUUUAAUGAAUACAUUCGGCGGCGCACCAUUGAAUUUAACCGACAGCUCGACCGGGAACCCGAAAACGUACAGCUCUGGCUUGAUUUUAUUCGAUUUCAGGAUGAAGCUGUUAGAGGGUUGGAUUCGAACAUUUUUGAGAAGAGUACAACUAGUAGCAAUAGCAGUAAGCGAGCUAGUUUGAACGAAGUGAAAUUAAGUAUUUUUGAAAAAGCACUAGAGCACAACCCUGAAAGUGAACAAUUGAUCCUCGCCUAUUUGGAAUGUGGAGCAGAGACUUGGGAAACAUUACCUUUACUGCAGAUGUGGGACAAGUAUCUUAAACGACUCCCUGAUUCCAUCCAGUUAUGGUCAAGCUACAUCAAUUUACGCCAAACUAAUUUUGCCAGCUUUACGUUUACGCAAUGUGUCAAUGUAUUUGAAGACGCUUUAUCCAUCCUAAUGAGACAGGCAAAGAAAACAGAGGAAGUAGACAGACGUGCAGACAUUGAAUCCCUUAUGGUAUAUAUUUUACUGCGCGCUUGUUUGUUUAUGAAACAAUGUGGUUAUCAAGAAAGGGCGUUCUCUGUAAUUCAAGCCUCUAUUGAAUUCAAUUUAUACCAGCCUUCGAUCUAUAAGACUAUCACACAUGAGCACGCAGAAAAAGUGAGUGCCUUCGUUGAAUUUUGGGACAGUGAAGUUUUACGUUUUGGCGAAAAGGGAGCUCAAGGCUGGCAUGAAUAUUAUCGUGCUGUUAAUAAUGAUGACCAAAUCCCAGAGCCUAAUAUAGAUAUGAACGACAAUAAUACCAACAUCGAAGACGAAGAGGAUGAAUUCAUAAAUCUGCGAGAUUGGUUGGUCGCUGAAACGAACAAUGAAUCAAACCGGCGUCUACCUCUCCGUAUGGUACAAGCUGAUGAUGAACUGCUUGGCACUGAUCCUUUCCGUGUGCCCCUCUCAGACGAUGUCAAAAACUUUCUGUUUGAUGUAACCACAGCAGAAGCGCGUCAGAGUUUGAUUUAUAGCGUGCUAGUAUUUCUAGGUCUGCCGUACACACCACCGGAAAUAGGUAGCAAUACGCAUUUCUUCACAGACACCUUCACCCGCAAUGAUAUCUCGUUAGACCAUUUUUGGCCGGUCAAAAAUCAUUCCCUAGAACAAAUUGUUUGGUAUGUGGCAGGUGUUCCUAUGAGAUCGGAAAAUACUGUGCAACAGACCAAUACGUACGAUAUACCCAGUUCGUAUCCAGUAGGCAUAUCUGAAAUGUUUGCCAAAUAUGGCGAAUGGUUCAGAUGCUCUGGAAGGGAGAAUAUCCGUUAUGAGGAAGAUAUAAAGUUUACAAGGGAGGUUUUCCAGCAAUUACUGGUUGUUGAAAACUCUGAUCACUUAAGGAUAUGUUAUUUAGCAUUUGAAGCCAGUUGCGGACAUAAACUGGGUCGAAAAUUGGCGAAAAAGUUACUGAAGGAACAUAGCACAAACUUAGCGUUAUGGAAUGCAUACGCUUGUAUGGAAAAAGGUUAUGGACGGAUUGAAGAGGCUCGAAAAGUAUAUCUUGCAGCUAUAGCUAUGUCUCACAAACAGGAAUCGCAACAAUUAUAUAUACCCUUGCUGUAUUAUAUGCUAGCAAGGCUGGAGUUUGACAGUAAUCGACCUCAUGAAGCACUGAAAGUCCUUACCAGCAUUUCCGGCGAUCAAGCAUAUGAUGCAAACUCACCACCAGUAACUGUACCUGUCGUACUUCGAACAAAAGAGGUAAGAAGUUUUGAAAAUCAAGGGGCUUCUCUGCACUUUUAUGAUGCUGAUUUCUUUUUUGGUGGUGCAAAGUAUUUCUUGCAAAAAUUAGCUCAUGUGUCGACAAUAGCAGUCAAUUAUGCAGAGAGAGAAGCAGCGAUCAAUUUUACACGAUGCUAUGCCUUAUUUGAGUAUUUGUCUGGUGGGCUUGACAGUGCAUGUUUAAUUUACGAGCAUGCAUUAAAGUACUUGGUCGAAUCUAAAGCAGAGAAAGGAUAUGAGUCAGAAAUGAUAUGGAUUGACUAUGCUACACUUGUAUAUCAACAUGCUAGAAAUGUUACUAUCAAAAGCGGUAAUAGCGGUGAUGAUCUAUACAAACCCAGUAGACUACGUCAGUUAAUGGAAAGGGCUCUUGCUCUAUUUCCAAACAAUACCAUCUUUCUGUCAUUUUACAUCUGGAACGAGUCAAGAACAAAAAUAUACAAUCGUGUUCAACAGCUUUUAAGCAAUGCAUUACAUAGGGAUUCAAAUAUUGUUCUGUAUCUAUCGGCCAUAUUUAGUGAGCUACAUCGUUAUAAGCCAUAUCAAGUGAAUUCAGUAAGAGACCUCUUUGAACGAUCUGUGGAGGAUUCAAAAACAAGAGCUUCCGUUGUAUUGUGGAAACUAUAUAUCCAAUUUGAGAUGCUGCAGAACAAUAAAGAAAGGGCCAAAACUCUAUUUUAUAGGGCGGUGAGAGAAUGCCCUUGGUCCAAAGAGUUAUAUUUGCAAGGCAUAGAGCUAUUUGAAAGCACGAUGGAUACCAGAGAAACGAACGAACUUGUCAACGUCAUGAUGGAGAAGGAGAUACGUAUCAGAAUACCCAUUGAUGAACACUUGUUGGAAUAAGAAAUGUUGUCAAUGAGUGACAUGUUUCCAUUGUUGAAACAAGCUGAUGAAUAAGGAGUUGGUCAAAUACAAUGAAAAGCAUGUGGCAUAAUAAUGGAAAUGAUGGCUUUUUUUAAUGG